AUGGGCGGCGCGCCGAAUGUGAAGAGGCCCGACACGAUCCCCGGCUGUUCAUUGAACGCUGCCGCCUCGGUAAAACUGUCUGCCAGGGGCUUCGCCACGGGCGCCGCCGCCGGCGCUUCGCGGCCAGCGGCCCGCUGGAGCUCCCGCUGCAACAGCUCGGGGCCAGUGGGCUUGUUCGCCAGGAGCUUCUGCGCCAUGCUCCCCACCUUGGCUUCGGCGGACGGCGCCGCCUGGACCGCGUCGCCCUGCUCGCGCUGCAGCCUCUGGAGGAAGAGCUCCCAGUGGAAGCUGUCGCUGGUCAGAUGA